AGGAGUGCGUAGUCGCGAGCGCUGGGGUGUCUGCACGGCUGCUAGUGCCGCCGGACCAACACCGACGCCCAGACGUCGUACAAACAAACACACAACAUGAGUAGUGCACAGUUCGUGAUUUUAGCCGCCUGCCUUGCAUAUGCCAGCGCAGGAAUUCUCCUGGAACAUGCGCCAGCUUGUCCAGAGCAUUACGGAGUUCAGGCAUACGCGCAUCCUGAACUGUGCGACCAGUUCUUCCUUUGUACCAACGGUACCCUGACCGUAGAGACUUGCGAGAAUGGACUGCUGUUCGACGGCAAAGGCGCCGUGCACAACCACUGUAACUACCACUGGGCUGUCGACUGUGGUGACAGGAAGGCCGACUUGACGCCCUUAAGCACUCCCGGAUGCGAGUAUCAGUUCGGCAUCUACCCUGACAGUCACGAGUGCUCCACCAGCUACAUCAAGUGCGCGUACGGCAUCCCUGAGCAGGAGCCGUGCACGCCCGGCCUCGUGUAUGAUGAGCGCAUCCAUGGAUGCAACUGGCCCGAUCUGCUGCAGCCUUUCUGUAACCCUGAAGCGGUUGUCGGCUUCAAGUGCCCAGCUAAGGUGCCAGCUCACACGCCCGCGGCUAAGUUCUGGCCCUUCCCCCGUUUUCCCGUGCCCGGUGACUGCCACAGACUGAUCACGUGCGUGGAGGGCCAGCCCCGUCUCAUCACAUGCGAGGCAGGCAAGGUCUUCGACGAUCAGAACCUGACCUGUGAAGAUCCUGAAUUAGUCCCCCACUGUGGUCACGCGUGAUUUCGCCAUCAAUCUAGUAUUGCAAGACGAAAAUGAUAAGUAAUCUGAGUAUUUAUCCUGUCCUUAAUAUAUUUUUGUGGUCACAAAUCAAUACAGUUGAUCUAUUUGCAACGGAUCGACUUAGUCCCACUAAACUUACUAAAGUACCAUGAAAGUAGUGCUUCCUCAUUAUACCCGUUUUCGUUUUGCAAUACAACACUCAUGCCUAUAAUUUAAUUUCUCAAAAAAAUAAUUGGAAUAUCACUUCCACCGAGUCUUAUUUAUUUCUACUAAUAAUGCCUUAU